AAGAAGCUUGUUCCCGCAUCCUUGUUGUCCAACGUGAGUCCUGCUCUUUCCGCCACGUAGCUCAUCAGUUACAACGGUUACAACCGGAGGAACCCAGGUGAACCGCAAGAACCCGGAUGUUUGGAUAGACUUGUUCAAGUGGACGUUUUAACCUCAGGCUCAUCUCCGUUAGCCAAGAAUGCUAACUGAAGUUAGCGUAGCAUGCUAGCUGGAAAUAGACGGAGACUGAUCAGCCACACAGAGUAGGUUGGAGAGACUACUGGAUAGAGACCAAAUAUGUUUCAUGGACUCACAAUGUCCAGAUAAACCUGUCUGAUUGGACUCUGUGCUGUUCCCUUUAUUUAAAAAAAACCAAAAAAAACAUUUAAAUUAUCUUCUGGUGUCCUACGAAGCUUGUUAGCUAAUAGACGGACCCGAACGUAACUUAGCAACCCAGCGCACGUAUCAGAGGGAGCGAACAGAUUUUAACGGAGUCUGUCUGGAGGAAAAGUUUCUGUGAUUUAGUAGAAAUGUCUAAAGUCCAAAUGCUGAGAGCGUUGGUGGAGCAGCGACUAACUGCGGCUGCUGAAGAGAUAUUUGGGCUGUUUGAACGAACGAUAGCAGAGUACGAGGAGGAACUAGAGUUCAGUUUAAAAGAGAAUCACCGACAACAGAAACUACUGGACGCUGUUUUAAACCCUCACAUCCGGUUACACAGAGCAGAUGUCCAGCAGCUGCUGGUGGUGAAAGUAGAGGUUCCCCCUGAGCAGCAGGAGUGGAGCUCCAUUCUGGCCCAGGAGGACCCAGAGCCCCCACACAUUAAAGAGGAACAGGAGGAACUCUGGACCAGUCAGGAGGAAGAGCAGUUUCAAGGGCUGGAGGAGGCUGAUAUCAAGUUCCCGUUCACUUCUGUCCCUGUGAAGAGUGACGAAGAUGAUGAAGAGAAAGUUCAGUCCUCACAGCUUCAUGAAAGCCAAAGUGAGGAGAACAGAGAGGCCGAGAGAACAGAAGGUGAUGGAGAGGACUGUGGAGGACCAGAACCAGCCAGGAACUCAGAUCCAGAUAGUCCUUUACAACCAGCUACUCAUGACAAGACUUCAGACUCCUCUGAAUCUGAAUCUGAGACUGAUGACAGUGCAGACUCGGAGGAGACUAGGGAACCUCAGUCAGUUUUAAACCCUCUGCAAAACAAUGAAGUAGCUGUAAGUGAUGUGGAAUGUAAUACUGGAAACACAUCAGUUAGCUCCUCUGAAUGUGCUGGACGCUUUGGCCGCAAGAAACCUCUGCAGAACCACUCUGGAGUCCAAACAGGAGGGAAAACAUAUUGUUGCUCAGUUUGUGGUAAAAGAUACCUUCGGAAAAAAACCUUAACGACUCACAUGAGACUUCAUUCAGAAGAAAAAUGUCUCACCUGUUCAGUUUGUAAAGCAAGUUUCUGUAAGUCUGACGAUUUGGUUAAACACAUGAGAGUCCACACGGGCGAAAAACCAUUUAGUUGUUCAGUUUGUAGUAAAAGAUUUGCACUAAAGGAAACUCUGAAACGACACUCAAUUGUCCACACAGGGGAGAAACCAUUUAGUUGUUCAGUUUGUAGUAAAAGUUUUUCACUAAGGGAAACUCUGAAACGACACUCAAUUGUCCACACAGGGGAGAAACCAUUUAGUUGUUCAGUUUGUAGUAAAAGUUUUGCAGACCGUAAUACUCUAAAACGACACCUGGUUGUCCACACGGGGGAGAAACCAUUUAGUUGUUCAGUUUGCGAUAGAAGAUUCUCUCGGCUCAAUCUUGUCAAAAGACACAGGUGUGUUGGUGAGAGCAGCAGAAAGAAAUGAAGCUGCGGAGAUGCUCGCUGAGACAAUUUCUUUUCCAGAAGAUUGAAGUUCUGGAAGGCAAAACUUGAUUCAACACUGAUCAGUUAAAAACCGUCAGACUUAAGGCUAAUGCAGACUUUAAAAAAAAAUUUUUCAUGGUAUUCACUAGGCCUGUCACGAUAACAUAUUUUGCUGGACGAUAAAUUUUCCCAGAAAUUAUUGCGAUAAAUGAUAAUAUUGUGGUCUAGAGACUAUUUUCAUCUAAUAUAAUGAUAAUUGCAUAAUAUUGCAGGUACACCUUUUCAAAGAUCAUUAAACUUUUAUUUCUAAAGAAUAGGCUAUAUAACACUGGA